UCGAAAAUUUGAUUAGAGGUACCAUAAAAAGCCAAGGGUAAAGAGAGCGGAAGCCAUCCGCCCACACGUACCCUGCCCUCUUCUGCUAAGGACCCACUCUUUCUCUCUUCUCUUCAAUUUCUGCGCCUGUGUCCACUACUGUCCAUGGCCAUUACAAUGUACUGAUGAAAGCAAAAUAUCAUACAUUACCACUGUCAUUUUUUAGGGCUUAAUGGACUUAGACCGACCCCAUCACCGCACAGCCGCUACAACAACAAGUAGCAGUAGUACAACAAGUGAGCUCUAUAUCUGUUUCACUUCUCGCCUUUCUUCUUCAUCUUCUUCCAUGAAACUCUCCAAAUCUAUUCUCAGUCCUGGUCGUGCACGUGACACGCCUCUCUCACUUUCCACUUCCCUCAGCCGUAGACUUAAAUCAAACGGUAGCAUUAAAGGUGGCCAAGCUUCUCCUAUGUUUCCCACCACCGGUAAGAAACGCGGGUCGGGUUUCGAAAACCCGGAGCCUUCUUCCCCAAAAGUCACUUGUAUUGGUCAGGUUCGAGUGAAGACCAAGAAAAAGGUGAAACAAUCACGUAGCUUGUCCAAAAGACGAAGCGCAAGCGGUGAGGUGAGUUUUAGAAAACUAGAGCAAGCCUCUGAGGCAUUUAAUCAAACAGAUGAUAGAUUAUCGUUAAAGAAUCAGAGGUACUCGCAAGGGAACUCAAGCGCGCAUUACCACCAACAAGAAUGCGUUAAUCAUAGAAAUCAAAGAUGGGUUCAUUUGCCUAUAACAAUUUGUGAAGCUUUAAGGGCUUUUGGGGCGGAGUUCAGCUGUUUGUUCCCAUGUCGUUCGUCGUGUUUUUCGACUAAUGAAAGAGAAAAGGAAGAAAAAGUUGAAGCUUACAGGGAAGGUGAUAAUGAGCACAGAUCAUGUGGUGCUGUGUUUGCUAGAUGGUUAGUGGCAUUGCAAGAUGGGGAAGGAGGAAAAAGGAGGGAUAUUGAGUUGGUAGUGGCAAGUGGUGAAGAGGAAAGAACAACAGAGGGGAGGCAUAGUAGUACAAUGAGGAGUUCAAGAAGACAUGUGUUUGAAGAUAUUGAGUUCAAGGAUGAGAAUAUUGUUGAAAUGGAGAGGGGACAUAAUGAAGAGAAAGGUAGAGUUAGUAUUUGUAUUCCGCCCAAGAAUGCUUUGCUUCUUAUGAGAUGCAGAUCUGAUCCUAUGAAAAUGGCAGCUCUUACCAAUCGCUUCAGGGAGUCAUCACCUGUUCCAGAAGAUGAAUAUUAUGAUGAGGAACAAGUGGAAGAAGUGGGAGAACUAGACAAGGAAGAAAAUUUGAGAGAAUAUAAGCAUAUGGAACUAGUAGAUAGUCAGAAAUGUGAAACUAGUAAUGAGGUUAUACCAUCUGAACACAGAGUUUCAGUAGAUCUUGAUGAAAUAGAAGAGAUUAAUCCAGAAGAAGCAGAGGUUAUUAUGGAAAUGGAAGAAGAAAGCAGGGAGCAGGAAAUGCUUGAAACAAAGCUAGAAACUUGUGAAUUAACAGCAGAAAUUGAGCAAGAAGAGACCAAAAUUGAGUCUUUUGUAGCAGAAGUUGAUUCCCAGCUUGAACAAUUAGCCCAACUGGUAGAUCAAACAACUGAAUUCAAUCAAGAAGAUAUCCAAAUUCAACAGCUCCUUGAGGAAGAAGGAGUAACAGAAAUGAUCUCUGAUACUAGUGAAUUAGAGGAUAAAACAGAAAGUGAACAAGCUACAUUGGAAGAAGAAGAAGAAAAAUUUAAGUCAGCCAUCGCAAAAGAAAUUCAAGACAUACUCCUGCUGAGAGACAUAGAGGAGAAGCCAACAGUAACUCAACAAGAAUCUGAAUAUGAAGAACAAGAACAAGCAGAAAAUACACCAUUUACAGAACCAGGGAAGCAAGUCGAAGUUGAAUACACCAAAGAGGCUCAAAACGAAGAAAAAGAAUCAGUUUUGCCGGAGUGUUUGCUACUAAUGAUGUGUGAACCCAAGCUAUCAAUGGAGGUAUCAAAAGAAACAUGGGUCUGUCGAAGGGACUUUCUCAGAUGGUUACCAGAGAGGAAACAACAAGUCAAACCACCAAAGAAAGAGGUUAUUGUUCCUGAAGAACAACCCAAAAUGCGGCGGAGUACUGACACUAAACCUAGUACGGAACAUAGGAACAAACACAUGUUACAACCACCUAGGUCGUCGUGUUCUUUACCGGCGGCGACGGGGAUGUCCAUGGCAACCAUGAUCGAGCAGAAGCUUGUGAAUGCAGUGGCUUACGAGCCGUUUGUGUUAACAAGGUGCAAGUCUGAGCCGAUGAGGACGGCGGCGGCUAAGCUGGCGCCGGAUACUUGUUUUUGGAAGAAUAGAAAGAUUGAGCCUCAUCGACCCGCAACGUUCGGGGUCGGGGCGGCUGGGGUCGGGUUCUGAGCCAACCGGAAAGGAUAUGCUGUGGUUUGUCCUAUUGGUUACCAUAGUCUAGCACUGUGUCUAGUCUAGCUUUGUACAUUUUCUUUAAAAUUUCAUCAGUAAAUUUUUUAAGUAGUUGAAAUUACUGUAUCAAUUUUGGUCUUGCACGAGCAGUUUAGUUCCUAAUAGGAGUACUAAUUAGUUG